AUGCCUGACUACAUCAACUACAGACUCCUAAUCCGCUAUGACAACUACGCCGCCUACGAGACAUACGAUAAAGAUAUGCAAGAAAUACUUGAAGCCAAAUACAGCGAACUAGGCGCCACGGAUAUCCAACGAUCCUAUGUGAGCCCGAGUCUUCCUCUACUCUUGAUCAACAGCUUCAAGGCGCCGGAAGACGUCCCAUUGGAUGAGUUGAGGGAUAUAAAACUGGGGGAGAAUAUUACGACUGAUAUCCAGCCGAUGGAUGAAGCAGGCAGUAUAGAUAUAAUUGAUGUUGAGGUCUACUCUACGGAGUGCUAUAGGAAUACAGGUCUAUUGGUCCAUUGA